GGUGUCUCCGCGGGUGAGAGGGUGAGGCGGAAACGUUGUUAGCAGCGUAUAAAUGUAACCAAACCCUAGGAUUCCAACGCGAGCUUAUCACUUAUCAUCAAUCGGCGCCUCCCUCUCUCUCGCUCACCGCCUCCUUCUCCUCGCGAUCUAUCCAAACAAGGGGCUCGCUAAGAUCGGCAUGUCGGACUCUGAGGAGCACCAUUUCGAGUCGAAGGCCGACGCUGGGGCGUCCAAGACCUAUCCCCAGCAGGCCGGAACCAUCCGCAAGAAUGGGUAUAUUGUUAUCAAGAACCGCCCCUGCAAGGUGGUGGAGGUUUCUACCUCGAAGACUGGUAAGCACGGUCAUGCCAAGUGUCACUUUGUUGCCAUAGAUAUAUUCAAUGGUAAAAAGCUUGAGGAUAUUGUUCCUUCGUCCCACAACUGUGAUGUUCCACAUGUGAACCGCACAGAGUACCAGCUGAUUGACAUAUCAGAGGAUGGAUUCGUGAGCCUUCUUACUGAGAGUGGUAACACUAAGGAUGAUCUUAGACUCCCAACUGAUGACAGUCUCCUGGGUCAGAUCAAGACUGGAUUUGGUGAAGGCAAGGAUCUUGUUGUGACUGUCAUGUCCGCCAUGGGGGAGGAGCAGAUCUGUGCGCUGAAGGACAUUGGCCCCAAGUAACUCCCUCAAGUGGAAGGCAGAACAGAGGGGCAACUCCCUCAAGUGGAAGGCAGAACAGAGGGGUAACUCCCUCAAGUGGAAGGCAGAACAGAGGGAUCCUUAUGUAUCAAACCUAAACUAAAAAACAAAGACAUGUAUUGAGAAGGAAUGCUACAAAAGACAUCCACCCAGCUUGAAGCCGCAGUAACAAGUGCAGUGAUUGCUGGGUGUGGCAUUAUCUGAUUACCGCUACCCCAUCAUGACAUUUGGGAUCCUGUAUUUUCCAUGGUUUUAUUUGUGCCCUCUGUUUGGUAUCAAUAAUUGAUUUGGAACGGUGGAAACCAUAUACUGAAGCUGAAGAUUAUCAUUGGGUCAUUUCGUGCCUAUGGAUUUUUCUCUGAAAA